UCAAGGAAGUAAUUAAUUUUAAUCAUUUACAAUGAUUAAACUGGUUGUGUGUUUGUGGGUUGUAUCUUUGAGUUAUUCUGUUGCUCUCUCUGGUUUUCCCGCAAAUGCAGAACAUUACACCUAACUUGGUUUAGUCAGAUGCUCUUUUUUUUUCUCAAAGAUUAUGAUUACAGUUUAGGUCUAUUUUAAUUAUAAUGGAAAGAUUGUUAUUUCUCAUCUUCUUGGGUCCUUUUUAUGCAACCCAAGUACAAGCCCUUCCUCAGGCUGAACUAACAGUGAAUUCAUCAAGAAUCAAAGACACAGAUAAAGUCACCUUAAGCUGUCAGGCUCCAAAACAUGUUUCUGUUCAUCAGUGUCGUUUUUAUGUAAACGGAGGAACUCAGAGAUCUUUCCCCUGCAAAAACACAUUAACAGGAACUGAGCUGCUGUUCAUGUCUAAGCAAAGUUCCCCCUCUGUGGUUGCUGUCAGAUGUUAUUACACUGUAAUAUAUGGGGCCUUAGACUCUCCAUCUCCCCACAGUAAUAUAUUACACAUCAUUAUUGAUGUAAAACCGCAACUGGCUGUAAAUUAUUAUAAGGGUCAUUAUGCUAUCUUCACCUGCUCUCUGGCUGGAUCUGUGAAACAUGACACAACAUGUAACCUGUACUUUGGAGAAUCAAGUCAUCCAGUCAAAACAAAGACUGUAACGAGGAACUCAAGAACAAAUCAAUGGUCCUGCCAGACUGAGAUUCCAGAAGAUGAAAUACUGAGUUACCUACAUGUAGUUCAACAGAAGGAGGUCAGCUGUGAUUACGUUUUGGAGAAUGAUGAAACAUUUUUAACGGCUCGUAGUGAUCCAUACAGCUUCGCUGGUAUGACUGAGUCAACAAUGGGUACGACCAGUGCCCUCACAACAACCAAAUCAGUGACUCCUCGUGUGUCUUCUAUUCGUGAAGGGGGGAAAGGCAAAAAAGAAGAUCUCAACUCUAAAGACAAAAAUAAAGAAAUGUGGAAACUGAUUAUAGCAGCAACUGCCAGUGGACUGACUGUUCUUGCCAUUCUGAUGAUAGCAGCAUGUCUCCGAGCCAAAAGAAAGACAGAAAAAGGAUUGCACAAAAGAAAAAGAAAUGACUCUACAGUUCCAUCUGUAUGGGUAAAAAUGACUGACAACACAGAAAUGUUACCAGAAGAAGAAGAUGGAGUCUAUUGUAUCAUCCCAUCUGUAGCUAAUACUGAUUGUCAAACAGGUCAUGGGGAAUUUGCCACCAAAAAGCUAAAAGCUGAUGAUCUUGAUAUCUACCAUCUAUACUGCACCAUCCCCGAUUGACCUCCUUCAUCAACUAAGGAUAAUGAAAUGUGGAGCCUGCAUCGGUGCCACUCACACAGUGAUACAGCUUGUUUCAUGAAGACAAAACCAAAUGCCCUGAAGACAAUAAUUGGCUACACUGUAUGUUCCAAAUAUAAAAAAAUAAUGUAUAAUCGUGGUGACGUUAUUCUGUGAAAUGUCUUUGUGAGACGAGAAAUUAUCUUAUUACCAAUAUUUCAUUGACAAUCGGUAUAAAGAUCAUAGACAUUAGUGGGAGUUUUUAAAGACAAUCUCAAAUGGGAAUAUAGAUACCAGAUAAUCUCAUCUUGUUUACCCAUUUUACUCCAAGUUAUUAUAUAACUUGUUACAAUAGCAAGGCUGCCAAAGCUUGAUAUCAUUAUUUUAACAUUUCAUUUUUUUUAAGUUCUCUUUUAUUUUUCUGAGGUGAUUUCAAAACUAUUUUCCUCCAAACUGCUGUGUGUGACUGUGCAGGCAGCAUCAGUAGGCUACUUACUUAUGAGUGCUACUUAAAGCAUUGCUGUUCAGCUCUAUCUGAGCUAUAGUUUCAAAGCAAACAUGGUGAAUAUCUGCCUCAAUCUUAAAUAUGUCAAAUAACCUGGCUAUGAAUAAAAAUGGCUUUGGUUGAAAAGUGAAAGUGAAAAUUUACAGAAGCACAGAAAUGUGGAGAGCAACUCAAUGAAUUGGCUUUUGACAUCAAAGCAAACAAACAAACAAACAAACAAAUCAAAAAUAAAUAAAAACAACAAUUCUGCACUCAGCAUGGCUACUCCUGUCAUUUUCCUUAAAGCUUCCUUACUUUGAGUGUUUAUAGCAGUUCUUUCUUAUUAUGUAACAUUUAUUCAGUCUCAGAUGUGCCUACAUGUGUUAACCUUUGGUCAUUUUGCAGCUCAGAAAAUUAAUUGAAUUUUCUUGUUUGAACUGCCUUUAAUUAUGUAGAUAACCAAACCUAAACCAAUCAAGGAAAGGGUUUGAUUUGAGGCGUUAGGCAUUUUAUUUAACUAGCGCAUGCGUUUUUGCAAUACAUUUAAAAUUGUAUUUAAAACACUACAAAUAAUUCAAACCAAAUUUUUUUUGUAAAGCAAAUAAAAAAAAAAAAACAACAACUUUAAAAUGACUGAAUAAAAAUCUUUGAAAAAUAUUUACCCGAAGCAGAGGUGACAUUAACACUGGAGUGAUAAGUAAUCACAGAAAGUAUAGCAUCGUAAUGGUUUUGUUUAAGUUUUCUUUUUGAGUUUUACUGUUGUUGUUUUUUUCAAUUUUUAGUUGUUUUCUGGUUGUAUUUGACUUCUUAUGUAUUUCUUGUUUACCCUAUUUUGUCCUCUUGUAUCCGUCUCCUUCCAAUAGCUCCCUUCUAGAUUCUUCUGUCCACACCUGUUCCUCGUCUGCUAAUUAGUCCUCCCAUUGUUUCUGUCUCCCAUAUAUACAUCUCCUGUUCAGUCAGUCUUUGCGGGGUUGUCGUCGUCAUUUUUUGAUCCUCAUGUCUGAUUUACCUAAAGUCAUUUAGUUCUUGGUUUCCUGAAUUUGUUCUUUGUGGGUUUUUGUCUCAUUUGCCACCGUUUCUGGAUAUUAAACUUGCAAGAAACCACCUCAGCCUCCAUCUCUGCAUUUGGGUUCUUCAAACCUCCGCUCGACCUAACAAGCAUGAGUAUUACCGUUUUUCUGGGGAUGAUAAACUCUACCAAUGCAAACUGCUGGGUCACAAAAUUCAGCAGCACAACAGACAUAGACAUGCCUUGACUCCUACGCAGAUGAUCUGGGUUAGACGCAUAUUUUAUGAUAGUGGCAUGUUCUGUAU